GUGCGGACACAAGUCUCGGCAUGAUAUAACAAAUGUGAUGCACGCUUUUAAAUAUAUGUUUAGUGGCAUAAGCUGAGAUUUUAAGAGAAGUAGUGUUUUUUCCAUGUAGUUAACCUAUUGCUGCGACUGCCACUAGUGCAGGUUUACCGCUUUGUCCGUGUACGGUUAUACUAGGGGGCUUUCAGAGAGGAGAUGCUAACAAUGCUAACGAGUUUAUUUCUGGACAGAUUCGUAAGGUUUGUGUCUUUGCAAAAUCAGCACUGACACUUCAAAUAACUGCCCCAAACACUCUCUGCCUGAUACGAGCCGGAGGUUUAACAACAAACAGGAUGCCUAAUGCCAAUGCCAAACCUAAGCAUGGGAGACGAACCCGAAGGCGACGCAGAGAGGACCCUGCCCGUAACGAGCUGGUGUCCAGGUCAUUGGAAAGUGCUCAGCAGUGCCUGUUUAACCAGGAUUAUGGCACUGCAUUUGUGCACUACCUACUUGUCCUUAACCUUGCUCCUGUGUUUAAGGACUUUGCGCGGGACUCCUUCAGAUUCACUCUCUUUAAAUGGGCAGAAGAGCUGGACUCUCUAGGUCGCAUUCAGGAGCUUUUUGACUGUUACGAACAAGCGCUGGAGCUCUUCCCUGCUGACGAGGUCAUCCUAAAUAGCAUGGGUGAACACCUGUUCAGAAUGGGCUUUAGGGAUGAGGCUGCAGGUCAUUUCCACAAAAGCCUUGAAGCUGAAGCGGACUAUCCAGAAGCCCGGGAAAACUUAUACCGUGUGGCUAGGUUGGUGGAGCGCUGGCAUUUCUUAAUGCUCAACGACCAGCAGAAACAAAAGUACCAGCAAGCCAUUCAGAAGGCUGUUCAGAGUGGCUGCAAACCACUGUACUUGAUAGUAGGUACUGGCACUGGGAUCCUUGGUAUGUGUGCUAAGAAGGCAGGGGCGACAGAGGUGUAUGCCUGUGAACUGUCAAAGACCAUGUAUGAACUGGCCUGUGAGGUGGUGACUGCUAAUGGGAUGGAUGGCAGCAUCAAGAUCCUCCACAUGAAAUCUCUGGAGAUGGAAGUACCAAAAGACCUCCCACACAGGGUAUCUUUGGUUGUGACGGAGACAGUGGAUGCAGGAUUGUUUGGAGAGGGCAUUAUAGAAAGUCUCAUUCAUGCUUGGCAACACCUACUGCUACCUCCACAGAGUGGGGAGAAUGAAUUCAAGGAGCCUUCUGCGACUGGACGGGUCAUCCCUGCCGGAGCCACUGUGUUCGGGAUGGCUCUCGAGUGCCUUGAGAUCCGUCGUCAUCACAGGCUCUGUGUGUCAGAGGUGGGUGGGCUGUCCAUGUCUGAGGCUGGGGAGCUCCGUAGCCCAGUCAGCUGCAGCUCUGAGCCAGACGACUCCAUGGAGCCUUACACUACAGAGAGACUGAGCCGAUUGCCUGGAGGAUAUAAACCUCUGACCGACCCAUUCACAGCCUUCAACAUAGACUUCAACAACGUGCAGGUUAGAACUAACGUCUUAAAGCUGGAGGGUCUGAGCUCCAGGACAGUUCAGCAGAUCUGGUUGCCGGUCACACAGAAGGGGGAGCUGGAUGCUUUGGCUGUUUGGUUUCAGCUGCAUCUGGAUGAGGAGAGCAGUCUGUCAACUGGACCACAGGAGGACACCUGCUGGGAACAGGCCAUCUACCCUGUCCACAGCCCUAAGGGUUUCACCCUGAAUCCAGGAGAUGAACUGUUGGUUGAAGUGUCUUGUAGAGACGCGUACUUGAGGCUUUGCAGUGUUGCUGUACGAAGAGAUGGGCAUGAAAUCCGUCUAGACAAGCAUCUGGACUUGCUGUGCAUAAAGGACCCCAGGUUAAACCCAGAGGCAGAACUCUGCAGUGCAUUGGCUUCUCUUCAAACAGACCAGUCAAAACCAAGGACUUUCUGCAUGCUGGAAUGUUCAGAAAUGGCGCUCCUGAAUAAUCAUGAUUACCACCAGAGUUUCUGUAACGCGGUCGCCAAACUCAUCGCUCAACUGAAGAACAAAGAGCAAGGAUCAGGUGUUCAGUCAGAUGUCCGUGACCCUGUGAAGUCCACAGACUGUGGUGAGAUGCUGUAUGUGCUGGAUGUGUCCGAGGGCUUCUCUCUGCUCUCCCUCAUCGCUGCCAGUCAGGGUCAUGUGAAAGCUUACAGUUCUGUGGAGAAGAACAAGCAACAGGAAGUCCUGAAGAGACUGGCUCGCGGCAAUAACAUCCAGAACAACAUCUGGAAUUCUGCUCAACCACUGGAGGACGAACAGGAGAUGCUGCAGAGGCCCUCCAGGGAGAAGCUCUGGAGCGCUAUCAUCCUGGACUGUGUAGAGACAUGUGGUUUGAUUAGGCAGAAGCUGAUGGAGAAAGCUUCCUUGGCCAGGUGUCUGCUGGAGGACGGAGGACAUAUUUUCCCAGAAAAGAUAGUGGUGCAUGGUAUGCUGGUGGAGUCCGACAUGCUGCUGCUGGAGAGUGCUGUCCAGGGUCAAGAACCAACGCUAGGAUUUAAUAUCGCUCCCUUUAUCAACCAAUUCACUGUACCAGUCCAUGUGUUCCUGGACUUCUCCACUUUGGAGUGCAGACAUCUCAGUGAGUCUGUGGAGCUUUUUGUUCUUGACCUCAUGGAUACAAACGCCAACUACACUGACAGAGAAGUCAAGGUCCAGGCCACAUCCGCAGGUAGACUGACUGCCAUUCCCUUCUGGUACCACAUCUAUUUGGACCAGGAUAUCCAUGUGAGCACGCUGAGCCAGAACUCCCACUGGAAACAGGCAGCUGUAGUGCUGCAGCAGCCCCUGGAGGUCCGAGUCGGAGAAUGGGUCCGCCUCGCUGUGAAGCUCCACAAGAGCACCAUCUCCAUAUCGGCUCAUGUAGUGAACGAACCCCGGCUGAUGGAGUAAUGUGCUGGGCUGUAGUUUCUAAACUGGUUAAAUGUUCCCGCUUCAGUCAAAAUGAACUGUGUGCUCCCUUAAUGUUACUGUUGAAACUUCGCCCUUCUCCAUAUGCUCACUUUAAUACUUGAAAUUUAUCCAUUUUCCAAGACACACACAAUGUAAUGUAUGUCUGCAGAUCAGUAAUGCACUGCAUGACGUGAAUAUACAUGUAAAUACUGUUGUUCCUUCUGGACAAAUGUUUUAUAGAGAUGUUGAUCAUUUGUAUAUACCAGUAAAACUAGAACAAUUUCUUAAAGCAAGAAGACAAAAAUCUGUCAAAAAUAUAGCUUAUCUGAUUUAUUGAAGAAACUGUAAGACAAUAAAUCCUCAUGUGAACAUACAGCUGCUCUUGAUGUCAGUCUUAUUUAAAAAAAUAAAAUCAUGUAAGGCAAUGCAACAUGCUGUAGCUGGACAUGAUGCAGAUUACACUGGAGUAUGAUACAGUUAUGUAUUAUACAGACGCACUAAACGGAUAUAUCCCUGUACGAACCCAUGGAAGUCACAAAGACAAAUGAGCAAACGAAGAUAAAUGGCUUUCGUGCUGUUGCUGCAAAAUGAAUUCAGCUAAAAAAAAAA